AAUAAUGCAAAUGCGUCAUGUGUAAUAAUGCAAAUCGUUUGCUGUAUUGACGCAGCUACAAAUUUGCGAAAAAUCACACCCGAAUUUUUACAUUACAUUUCAUAUGAAAUUGUUUUGAACAAAUUUCGAUAAUCUUUCCGUAUUUGCUUCACGCUUACGUCUGGUUCAUCAUUUUAUGUGAUAAAUGACACAAAUUAUUUACAAGAGAUGCAAGCAUUACAAAUCGACCAGUAAAAUUGCUAGCAGAUUCGAGUUUCAUGAAACGUUUUCACGUGGCGGAGUAUCGUACGAUUUAAAGAGAGCCUCCAUCAACAGCACGACACAGCGGGACGAGUCGUGAUGUCCCGAGAGUGGUGAGCCGCGACAGUAACGAGGCUCGACGCGCGAAAAACGCAGCGCACAGCGGAAUCGGUGGCCUGGCUGGAACGCAGGGUUAUUCGCGGCGAGCUCGGUGUGGUGGCAUAAUUUCAUUGCGGACCGAUCGGUCGAUGGUCCAAAGUCGACUGUCGGUUCGCGACGGUUCCAUCGGGUGCUGGUGGCGUCCCGACGCUUGCGCCGCAGGUUCCGCGGCUCCGUCAGACGGCGCCCCGACGCUGGUACCGUCGGACGGAGCGAUCGGUCGGGCCAACAGUCAGCCUCCAGUGAGCCAAGCAAGCUCUCUUUCCCUCCCUCACGUUCCCCCUUGUCACAUAUACAUGUACACACCAAUACAUCAAGCUACAUACACCGGGCGCACUUACACACUUACACCCGCUCGCAGACGAACACAGACAGACUUACACACACACACAUAUACUCAUAAAAAUUUACACACCCACACAGGCACGCAACCCUCGUGCGCGCGCGCGCGCGGGCACGUACAUUCUCUCGCUCUCUCGCCACCGACAUCCUGCGAGAGUCUCCAUCCACCGAACGACACGAGAGGGAGUCCGAGUUCCUGGCUCGUCCCUCAGUGGCUGCAGUGCGUUCGCAAACACCCACGAGAGACAACCUCGAGCCGCUCGCUCGCUCGCUCGCUCGCUCGCACGCGCGCACGCAUGCACACGCUGCCGAGGAGACACGAGGCGGAGGGCCGACACGUUCCCCGGAGAUCCUCUUAAUUGGCGUCGACAAGUCGAACAGAAAGACAGACAGAGGGAGAGAGAGAGAGAAAGAGAGAGACAGCUGGGCCGCUGAACAGCCCGCCACGCGACCUGUACUCCUUGCCACCUUCGUGUCAACACAAACACCGUGCGCGACAAUCUCUCCCCUCGCACGCGGUCGCGUCUUGUCGUUCCAGCGUAAUUAACGGGACACCCACCGCCGAUUACCUGGAGGAUCAGCCGAACGUCGCGAACAACCUCCGCCGUUCCUUCGCUCGUUCCGGGACUCGGACUUUGAGUGAUUAGUGCCGACUGUCGGGGGUGAGACCGAGGGAGCUGUGCCGUGUGCUUCGGGGAGACCUCGUGCUCGCCGUGUUCCGCAUCCAAGUGCGCCGCGAAUACUGGAUCUCGGUCUGAAUGAUGCCGACUCGCGACGCGUCCAACUCGCAAGCGCGAUUUCGGUGCCCGAGCGGGGCUGCUUGAAGUGGAGGACUGUCGCCGAAGGGGUUAACGCGAAUCGUCGCGACGGAAUGUUUGAAGUGUAGGUCUCGCCUCGAGAGAAGGUCUGUGCACGCGACUGGCGCUCGUACGACAGACUCGGCUGGAAUAAACAAAUGCCGGGGUGAGAAAGGUGGCUCGCGCGCGCGAAGACCACGACUCGGCCGAAAGACCAGGCGCGCUCCUCCGUCAGGAGCGAGAUGUCUCAGGUGAAAGCGAACCUCCGCUACUGUCACAGCCGAUGGAAGAGGUAGCACCGUGCAGGUCGUCGCGAGCGGCAAUCGGACAUCUCGGUGGCGAGCGGGCAGUCGCGCGUUAACUCGGGGAGACCAGAGAUUAAGGGUUAUUGACUACCACACCUCAGCUAGUCGUCGCGCGCGCCGUGACAAGUCGAGAGGGCCAAAGAGAGAGAGGAACGUCGGACGGCUGUGUGAAGGAGCACGAGGGCUCUUCUGGACGGCGAUCGCGCGGAAACAGCUUUGUGAACUGAAAUCGUCGGGGAGGAUUCGUUUCCCACUUGCCGCGCCAACUAACCCCGAAUCCGCUGAGGAGUCUGCGACGCGGAAGAACUUUCAACGAGGUGACAUAAACAGACAGACAGAGAGAAAGAGAGGGAGAGAGAGAGAGAGAGAGAGAGAGAGAAAGAGGGAGAGAGAGAGAGAGAGGGGAGAGAAAGAGACGUCUCGACGCGGAUACCAACGUCGUCGAAGAUCCCAGCUGUCCCCGGUGGCGACGAAUAGCAGCCGGCUGCGGCACUGUCCUCUCCGACACGAGACCGGCUCGCGCGACCACGUCCACCAAGUAAACACCUUUGCGUCGCCGGCACCACCACCUCGUCGCUCGCGUGGCCGCCACGGUGACUCGCGUUAGACGGAGGCUUCUCUCGUCGGCUCGGCUCGGAAGUCGCGAGUGAACUCUCAGAUGGGUCCGCUUAACCCGAUGACCUAGUGCGCCGAAUGAAGGAGGGUUAGAACGAGUUACCUGGGUUACACGUGGCCGUCGUCGCGGAGUAAUGAGGUCUAAUGACGUGUAAAUAGGUGUACAUACAGGGAAGUUGUCGUAUUCUUUCCAGCGAAAGACCGCGAUUCCAAAUCCUCAGUUUUCCUUCACUUCUUCUUCUUCUUCUUCUCUCUCUCACUCUCUCUCUCUCUCUCUCUCUCUCUCUCUCUCUCUUUCUCUUUUUCUCUCCCUCUCUCCUUCUCUUUCUCUUUGCCGCGCGCUUGCUCUCGCUCUCCGUGCUUCUCCCGCGUUCUUCUCUUCGCUUCCGACGCCACAUAUAUUAUGUAGCGGCUCACUUGUCGCAGCCCCACGUGUGUUGUCCCGUUAUUCGACGAUAGUGCUUAGAUUAAGGGUGUACCGUGCGCUUUUGCCUACGCGUGCGAUUGAUAGAUCGCCGACACACUCGUGUACAUUUCCGGAACGCUUAUUCGCAAGGCAUACGGCCCGAGGCCGCAUCGCGAGUCUCUUCUCUCUCUCUCUCCCUCUCUCUCUGUCUGUCUGUCUGUCUGUCUGUCUGUCUGUCUGUCUGUCGCGACUCGCUUUAAUAUACAUAAUAUACGUAUUACUUGCGUAACACGAUACGUAGCGCGUAAGCACCCCACUCACGUAGAUAUAUAUACACACACACACCCACAUAUACAUUUCUGCACACGACAUACAACAGCACACACGCACAUACGUGUACAUAGUUCUUACGAAUCUCUCCGUAGUCUCUGUCGUUUUCUGAUCUUUUCAUCAACGGUGUUUUUCUCGCUGAUUUCGUAUUAGUAUUCGAAAAGCAGGUCGGAGCAGUACGGGUAUACAGCGCUUAGCCUUUUUAGCCCCGGCGCGAUAAUUAAUUAGCUCGCGGGCAUCGUUAGAGUGAAACAACGUCGAGCCGCGCGUAGGACUCGAGGGAAGAAAGCGAGAGAAGAGGAACGCGGAGAGGCGCGCGCGGACCGAAUCGGAUCGAGAGAGAAAGAGAAAGAGAGGGAGAAAGAGAGAGACAGAGAGAGGGGGGAGAGAGAGAGGAAGAGAGAAAGAGAGCGAGCGAGCCGCGCUCGGGACGGUGUCAGGAAGGUCGCGCGUUUCCGUCUCCGUAGUAAGGUGGGUGAGUGCAACCGGCGCGUAAUCAAUUAUCAGCGGAAGUCCCUCGCGAUCGGAAUCUCGCGAUCGCGCACAUCGAAACGGCUGUCGUCUCGUGACGAUCACUCCGGGGAGAUCCGCGCGUCGCUGCAGUCCUAAGGAUAGAUCUCGCUGCGAUUGUCAGCGCUUUGUCGAGGGAACUUUUCUCGCUUCAUUUGCCUCCAGGCUAUGUAGCUGGCUUGCUCAAGCUUAAUGUAAAGGGAAGGUAAAAAAAAACACGGGGACCAAUUUUUUACUCUUAUUCUCUCAUAGACGACUAUCUCUUUCUCCUCCUCUCUCUCUCUCUCUCUCAUUCUCUGUCUCUAUCUGUCUAUCUAUCUAUCUAUCUAUCUAUCUAUCUAUCUAUCUAUCUAUCUAUCUAUCUAUCUAUAUAUCUAUCUAUCUCUCCAUCUAUCUAACUAUCAUACAUACACACUCUUUUUCUCUCCUCUUUCCUGUCUUAUCUACCUCUUCUCUCUCUUUAUUCCUCUUUCUCUUCUACCUUGAUACACGCUCUUAAUCAAGUCGCCAGACUAUCUAUAAAUCUCCACACACUCUGUCCGUAUUAAGUCUGUUGUGGACCAGUGAAUGCAGGAAAUACGAGGAACGGAGUCGCAAGCAAUAAAUCAGAGAGACCAAGCACGUAUGACCAACGGGGAAGAAACGCACGGGAGCAUAACGUAAGCGGCAACGCGGCGACGGCACCUCGCGCGCGAACUUAACCCCGUAGUAGGAGUCGGUCGAGACGCCGAAAUUAGUUAGACUUCGCGACCAGACUAGAUUCUAAAAGACUCUCGGCCCACCAGCGCAGGGAGAAAUACUGCGCGCGGAAGAUCCACGAGGACGAGCUACGUCGAAGACGAUACGUUACUCCGAGACUCUCGUCUCAACGAGAGACAGAGAGAGUGAGACAGAGAGGGCCAAAGUGGAAGAGAGAGUGAGAGACAUCGACGUCUCUCAGGUCAAAGGGCGACACGUACGUGUUCUCGAGCAGUCGCUUGGUACUGCCGUUCCCCGGUGCCGUUCUCGAGCAACCACCACGAGACCCACGCAUCGAUCAGGCGCGACGGCGGCGACGACGACGACAACGACGACGAGUAGUGGCUCGACCGUCGCUUUCGCGGACAGUUAUUACCGUUAUCGACGCGCAGACCAGACGAUCUCGCGCGAGCUGCCGCCGAGGACGACGACGGCGACGAUAACAGCAGCAGCAGCAACAGCGGCGACAGCAACAACAACGGCCAACAGCACGAGAACGAGGAAACGCGCAAAAGAGGAAGAAGAGCAGCGCACCCGGCAGCAUCUGUGUAUUCGACAGCGAUGGCAUUAUCCUGAAACGGGCAUGACGCCCUUGGCCUCGAGAUGCGACGAGACUACCACCCUCCUGUUGUUGCUGCUACUCGAGCUGGCACCCGGGGCACGUUGCUACUCGCGCGCGGCCGCUACCACCGCGUCAUCCUUACCGAGAUAGCAUCUACAGUACCCGGCGAGGGUGCGAGUGAUGCCGCAUCUCGGCAGCAUUAUGACCAUCGCCGUCGAUAGCGCGACAACGGCGUCCACGAGCGUCCUCGAGGAGAACAUGACGUGGUCUCGACCGGCUGGCGGCGCUACGUCUUCGAGUUACGAGGCCCUCUCGACACGAACCGCGAUUCCGAACGGCGAGCAAGUGCGACGUUGGGCCGCUACCAACGAUCGCGAAGGUCGGCCCUUCAUCGGCGGGCCCGUUGGAGGCUCGGGCGUGAACGAUCGAAACAACGAAAAACACAUCGAGACCAGCGUGCGCGACAUCACGACGGGGCCGGAGGGCGAGACGACGACGACGGCGAAGGAGGAGGAGGCGGCGGCGGCGACGGUGGAAGAGGCGACGACGACGACGACGGCGAGAAAGAUUUCCCGGCGUCGUUGCGGCCUUCAGACUUCGGAAACUCGAGUUUGCGGCGGCAACACCGUAGGCGCGAGCAAGAGCGCGGAAACUGCAUUUGCCGGCGAAGAAAACGUGCCGGGGAUAGGCACCGGGGGUGGUGGCGGCCAAGAAAGCGUCGACGUAAGCGACGUAGGCAGCAGCACGACCGUAGUCGGUGUAGGCGCGAGUAUAUCGAACAGCACAGAGGUGGACGAAGACGGCGGGAACGUGGACGGAGUCGCGAUCGAAUACGGGAAGGAUCUGCUGCUGUUUGGCUUCGGCGACAUUAUGGAGGAUAUUACCGGUGGCGCGUUCAACGAGUCGUUGAACACGAGCCUGCCGCGUUACCCGUGGAACAUGAGCAUGUACAACGAGACCUUCAUCGUGGUGGGCGAGGGCGUCUACCCGUCGGGCUACACUGUGCCGGAGAUCAUACUGGCGUCUAUCGUGGCGACCUUGCUCAUGAUCGUCAUUAUCGUCGGCAACAUGCUGGUGAUAAUCGCGAUCGCUACGGAGAAGGCGCUCAAGAACAUACAGAACUGGUUCAUCGCCAGCCUCGCGGUCGCGGACUUCUUUCUCGGCCUGAUAAUCAUGCCGUUCUCGUUGGCUAAUGAGAUCAUGGGCUAUUGGAUCUUCGGCUACUGGUGGUGCGACAUUUACUCCGCCAUGGACGUGUUACUGUGCACAGCCAGCAUCAUGAACCUGUGCCUGAUCAGCUUGGACAGGUUCUGGAGCAUCACGCAGGCGGUGGACUACCUGAAGAAGCGGACGCCGGCUCGCGCGGCGCUCAUGAUUGCUCUCGUCUGGCUGCUGUCGGCGCUCGUUUGCAUACCGCCGUUGCUCGGCUGGAAGAGAGCAGCUCCGGCCGAAGAGUAUCCCAAGUGUAAGCUGUCGGAGGACAUCGGAUACGUUAUAUACUCCGCCCUGGGCAGCUUCUACAUCCCAUCCUGCAUCAUGGUGUUCGUGUACAUACGCAUAUACUUCGCCGCGAAGGCCCGCGCGCGCCGCGGCAUCCGGAAGCAGCCGCGUCCGCGGGCGGCGGUGCCGCCGGAAUCGCCGGACGUCAGGCAGACCAGCUUCACUCAGAGCACGCCGGCGACCGACGCCAAGAAGCCUCCGGGAUCAGUCAUGGAGAACGUCGCGACGAUCGAGAAUCAGCCGGUCCAGAUACCGAUUGUCACGUGCGACUUGGCCAGUGACGUCAGCACGUCCGAGGCAGAUCCCGGCGGAGGGAUCAGUAUACCGAUGGAGGAGAAGGACACGCUCAAGGUGAGCGCGCCGGUGCAGACGCAGAAGAGCAACCUGAAAGCGACCCUGUCGGUGAACGGGGACGGCCAGUCGGGCGGACAGAGCGUGCCGGCGCGAUGCCGGGCGCCGAGCGUCGGCAUCGACGUCGACAUGGUGUCCGAGUUCGAUCCUUCGUCGUCGGACAGCGGCGUGGUGUCGCGGUGCGGGGUGGUGAAGCCGCUUAAGCUGGGCCUCUGCCAGCCGAUCUUCGGCCGCAAGCACAUAGGUAAGUUGCGGAGGGAGCACGGCGACGCGGCGCGACACCACGGCAAGGACGAGUCCGGCGGCGACGCGAAGGCGGCGAAGCCGCGCGAUCCCGAAAGGGAGAAGAGACGGUUGGCGAGGAAGAAGGAGAAGCGCGCCACGCUCAUCCUGGGCUUCAUCAUGGGCAGUUUCAUCGCCUGCUGGCUGCCCUUCUUCGUCCUCUACAUCGUCAAGCCGAUGUUCCCCGACUUCGAGAUACCGCCGCAGGCCUUCGUGAUCGCCUUCUGGCUCGGCUACACCAACUCGGCGCUGAACCCGUUCAUCUACACGGUCUUCAACAAGGACUUCCGCCGCGCGUUCCGCCGGAUACUGUACAAAUGAGCGUUGCAGCCUGGCGUCGACCAAGAGGAGGGACGCUAACGGCAAUAUGUAACACACGCGCGGCGGACGAACCAGCAUACGUGCGCGCCAUUCGCGCACACGUGCACACCUCGUUUCCGUCCUCGGGUAUGCCGACACAUCGCGUAGCACCCUCGAGGACGCGCUCCCUCGAUCGCGCAGCCACCCGGCCGAUCCUCGUUUCCUCGAGUCGCGCACGUCGAUCACAAGCUCCAGCGUGAGGGGAGGACGGCGAGAAUCGAGAAGAGGAUUCGAUUGGCGGGCGAGCGUCGCGAGAAUACGCGGGAUUCCUUUCCCGCGGAGGGAAGUCGGCGUUUCCGGCCGCGCCACACGAGACUCCCGAAUUUUUCGGGACCCACACACGCGAACACCACACACGGAACGACUCGGACGAGAUCGCCGAGUUACGCCCGUGUAAUUCCCCGCGGGACCUUCGUCAACCUCCGAGAAAACGGACUCUUUUCAUGAGCGUCAAGUCGACGUCCGAUCUCAACCCGGAGACGUGCAGGAGACGCGUUUCCAGUCCAGAUGUAUUCGGCGACGCGACUGGCAAGCGACAUGAACCGCGCAGAACUGGGUCGGCCGAGCAGCCAGCUCUGGGAGAAGAUCCCUUUUCCACGACACGUCGGGAGAGGCGAGCAAGCCACUGUAAGAGAACCCUCGAACCUUUCCCCUGUCGGGACGGCACACGUUUGACGGAGGGUCGCGUCUCCACCGUGGGACCUGUCGAAUUGUAAGCGGACGAUCCGGAGUCGCUAGCUCUUCACAACCGCAUUUAUACGCGACCACGUGCUCGCGGGAAUGAAGCGAGAGGACGGGAAGAAGUGUAUAAAAGUGGCCACGCGUGCUCUGGCCGACCAACGGGAACAUAAGCGCCGCCUGAGCGCGGUGCACUCUCGUACGGGUUUCUCCUGCGAGUAUCCUGCGGAGCGAGGAUCGCUUCUCGUAGACCAAGAGGCAGCAUAUCGCUCCCUCCUCCAUCCGCAAUUUUUCGUUCACCAGCAUCAGCACCUCCUCCUCCUCCUCCUCCAUCACUUCCUCCGGACGAGAAAGGACAAGGAACAGCGGGGAGAGACAGGGAGAGACGUCCCGGCUACUCCGGAUGGAGGACACCCAUUUCCGUGCCUAAUCUCUUGGUCGCGUUUAGGAAAAGGCAUGACAAUCCAUAGUUGCAUAAGCAACGCGAGAACUCCCUGCCUGGAGGGCACGGGCCCGCCGCGGAAUCGUCGAGCGGCAAGGCGAAGAGAGAGAGAGAGAGAGAGAUCGCGGACACGAUCGUAAGUCUCAUCGGGAUGCGAUUUUGAGGUCGUUCGAUCAGCGUGCACUACACACGCUGUGCGGAUGGUGUGUGCGCGCGCGUGUGUCGUACGCGUGACGACGAUAGCGACGACUGCUGCGGCGACGGUGGUGGCGACGGCGGAGGAAGCAGACGGAAGGAAAGGAGAGAAGGGGCCGGUCCUUGCGAUCGAUCGGCCACGCGCGAACACCGACUAGCGUUUAGGAUCGUCCCGACGGAAUUACUGACAAAUAAAUGAGGGGAUGCGAGAGAAGAUAUAUGUAAGAUACAUUUCCUACUAAUUAGAUAUAUAUGUAUAUAUACAUACAUACAUAUACUAUAUAUAUACAUAUACACCCGCGUGUCGCGGGCCCCGCAGCGGCAGGGCCCCUUUAAACGUCCGGCGUUUCAAUCGUGAGUCUUCGAUGUUACUUCAAAACGGAGGAUUACGCAUUACGUAGGAUUUAACAAUUCUGUCACGUACGUGUAGGGUAUAUAUGGAUCCGCGUAUGUAUAACGAGUAUGUGCGUGCGUUGUGCGUGUUGCAUGUGUGUGUGUGUAUGCUUAGCGUGUGUGUGUGAAUGCAUGAUUCCUUGCGUGCGCGAGGAAAAGGUACAAAGAGGCGCAGGAAAAUUUUAUUCUCUACAAACAGGUCCUCCUAUGUAUCGCAGCCUAACUGUACAGCAAUAAUUAAUUUUUCGUUCGCCGGAAACAGGUCGGUGCAUCCAAGCGAGGUAUCAUGGUGUGUGCGUGUGUGUAUGUGUGCAAGAGAGAGAGAGAGAGAGAGAGAGAGAGAGAGAGAGAGAGAGAGAGAGAGAAGGGAGGAUAGGUGGAAAGAGUAAAUCGCCGCGAAACGAUCAAUCGCGCAUUGGUGGCCCCGACCGCGCGUCGCCCGUGUUUGCUUGCAAGUAUCUGUGUGUCUGUGUGCAUGAAUGCAUGCGCGUGUGUGUGUGUGCACGCGCACGCGCGCGCGUGUCGCCGUGUCGAAUGCGCGAUGAAUGAUCACUUUGGCUCGUAGGGUCCAAAAUUGAAGGAGAGAACGGAACCUAGAUAAAAGCGAAACGAGCGCACGCGCGUAUUCCGCGUUUUGCAGGGUGCACGAAUUUAUUUGCCAUCCAUCGCGGAAGCGGCGACCGACCACCUGCGUUUAAUUGACUCGAUCGCGGCCAUGGUCGUGGAGCACCACCACGGACGGACCGUACCCUGUGCCCGACUGUGUAACAGCGUAAAGCCGCCGCGAGGCGCGCCGCGACGCGACGCGACACCCCCCCCCGUCGAUGAUCCACACCGGGUUGACUCCCCAGGCGACAGGGCGCAGGACAGAUCCGCCAAUUAGCGAGACAGAGAUAACAUUUCCGUAAAACGGAAAUCCCGCGUAUACAUAUACCUGCCAGCGGAACAGAUAUGCCCCACGUUCCCGCAAGCGCGAUUCAGUCGGCGAAACGUAAACGGCCGGGAGCUUCUCGCGGAAACGAUCACACGUGCGCGCGACGGGAAGGAACGCCGCGAGAUAGAGGUGAGAACGAGGUAUGACGCGCGCGCCUGCACCUGCACAGAAACGUCUCAAUGUUUUCCCAGAUUGUGCAGCUUCCAAUUAGGAUGCCCAGAGUGGCUUUCACCCACGCCAAUUAGGAGUUUCAUUCUUGUCCCAAACAUGACUUCUCCGCUUAGAAUCGAAGUAAAAAUAUGAAAACUCGGAAGUAUUAUGGAAACUUUGUCUUUAGUCGGUAUAGUUUUAUGGUUUCAAGCAGGGAAAUUCAUUUUUAUAUUAACUAUUGUAUGGAAUGAACAGUCAGAACAAACAAAACUUGUUAAUUCCUUCACUACCGAUGACGAAAAUUCUCGUCAUUUAGCGUAGUGUGGGGAUUAAAAUGACAGGUGUUUCACGAAAUAAUGAAAUUAUACGGAAAAUUAUAUUCAAUAUCUAAUAUAAAAUGAAGAACAGGGAAAAUUUUGGGUUUCCCACUUGGAAUCGUGUGUUUAAAACAUUACAAUUUUAAUCAGAACCUCUAAUUGUUUUGGGAAAUCGGACUGGAUGCCAAUUAAUCUGCCCAAAAAUUUUUUAUGCGGGUAAUCUGCGGGCUGACAACACCCCGCAUAGAAAUUUGCCAAGAUUUUCCCAGAUACAGCAUAGAUUGCGAUUGCCCAAAUUUGUCCCAAAAUUGAUCAUUGAUCUCAAAAUAGCUUCUCUGUAUAAAAUCGAAUCUUAUGGUAAUCGAAAUCUUAUGGUAUCAAACUAGAAACCCUGGUUUUAUACCAAAAACUAUACUCAAUAUAGAGUAAAAAAUCAAAACAGUAAAAUAUUUUUAAAACACUGAAUGUUUUGCAGAAUAAUGAAAUUAUUCGAAAAAACAACAAAUAUUUCGUUGUCAAAUCAACAACUCCAGUACAAAAUGAAGACCAGAAGAAAUAUUGGGAGAACUUUGGGUAUUCCACUCAGAACCGCGUGUUCACGCUUCCACCGAGAACACAUAAUUAUUUUGGGGGAAUCGGACUGUAUCCCAAUUAGAUACUACGAAAUGUUCUAUACGGGAACACCUGCGCUCGCCAUACCGUAGAACACCGGCAGAAACGGUAUGUUCCUCAUCUUAUUCUAUAGAGAGAGUUAACGGCGCCUCGUCUCACCUCGCAUUUCCCAGCUUCUUGGUGAGCCGUCUGACUUUCUUCCACCAAAGAAAUCCGACAGAUAGUAGAAAAAGAAAGAAAAAGAGAGAGAGAGAGAGAGAGAGAGAGAGAGAGAGAAAUUUCGGUAUUUUCUUCUUUCAGAGUUUUCCUCUUUCGGCAUUCCAGAAGUGGCGGUGACAGCGAGCGAGGCGCCGUUCACCCUCUUCCGAUUUCGCGUUUCUCACCGAGAAAAGAAGAAGUCGAAACAGAGAGAGAGAGAGAGAGAGAGAGAGAGAGAGAGAGAGAGAGAGAGAGAGAGAGAGAGAGAGAGAGAGAGAGAGAGAGAGCGGGAGAGAAAGAGAGAGAGCAUGAGCGAGUUUGAUUAGCACCGAGAUUACAUAAGAAAAAACAAGAAUUCACGACAUUCUCGAACAUGUACGGGAUAGAUAAAUAUUCCAACAAACAGGACGAAAUCGUUUUUGCAGCAAUUUAUCGCAAAUGUUCCCUUUAUGGUGUUCGUUUGCUCUUAUUUUGUAUCGCUACCGUGUUCUCGCGGACGAUGCCUCGCUGAAGCAGGCAGUUUAUAAAAAAGACCCUUUACACGCCGUGCUGAAGAAAUAUGUACAAAAACAUCCUUUGCAACAACCUUGUGAAGAGAGAAAGCGUUUAUACAAAAAAAAGGAGGAAGAGGGGAAAAGAGAGAGAGACGAAGAGCGGGAGGGGCAAGUGACGAUGUAGGGAAUAACGUGCUGCACUAUACAGGAGCAAAAAUAAAAGAGACUUUUGGCUUGUAUUUAUUUGCACACUGAAUUUUCCCGUCACACACAAGCCCGGCUGCUCCAAUUAUUCUAAAAAG